CCGGAAGUGGUGUAACCAGCCGAGCUCGCCGUCCGGAGGAGGCGGAACCGAAACGUCCGCGGAACCAACCGGCUCGUAGGUCAGAACACACGGACUCUGACACAACAACAACAUUAGAGGAAGAAACGAACAGCUGAUAUUUUUCUACUCUUCUACUGCUUAUCUCGUUUCUGCCGCUCCGCCAUGUCGGGAGCGUUAGCGAGGCUGCUCUUCUACCCGACCUUAGCCUACAACGUUGCCAUGGAGAAGGCGUCGUCGAGGCGCUGGUUCGACCGAGUGGACCACACCGUGGUUCUCGGAGCUCUGCCGUUCAGAUCCAUGACCAAGCAGCUGGUAGAAACGGAAAACAUUCGAGGCGUCAUCACCAUGAACGAGGAGUACGAGACCAAAUAUUUCUGCAACUCGGCGGAGGAGUGGCAGGCCGCAGGCGUGGAGCAGCUGAGGCUGAGCACCAUCGACCUCACCGGCGUCCCCAGCCUGGAGAACCUGCACCGCGGCGUCGAGUUCGCCCUGCGGCACCGGGAGCAGGGAACCAGCGUGUACGUCCACUGCAAGGCCGGGCGCUCCCGCAGCGCCACGCUGGCCGCCGCCUACCUCAUCCGGUUACACUGCUGGACUCCAGAGGAGGCGUGUCGGGAGCUGGCGUCCGUGCGACCACACAUCCUGGUGCGCUCGGCGCAGCUGGAGAUGCUGAGGAAAUACCACCGGCAGGUGUGUGAACAGUCGAGCUGAGAGCCGCGGGGCCACGCGGCCGUCAGGACGCCGUUGUUACGCUGUCAGCAGCUGGACUCAGAGGGAGACAAAAACAGGAGAUGAAGCUGCCAUCAUGUUAAUCCAGAUCAUAACUGUGAAUGCCAAACACCUCCCUCCUUUGUUUUGUUUUUUUAAGAAUCAAAUUGCAAGAGUUUCAUUGGCAAAUUGCAGAAUUCAGUGGUUGAUUCAUGACACGUCAGUGAGCAGAAAUUAUAAUUUCUACAUGUAAGAGUAUGAUGGAUUGUUUUAGCCAUGACUUUCUUACAACCUGCAUCUUCAAAGUGACACUGUUGACAUGGAAGAGUGACUAAAAUAUAUCUUCCAUAAAUCCCUGGUGCUCUGGGUUUUUGUACAUGGAACAUGUGAAAAAAAUUUAAACACUUCUUUAAAUAUCCGAAGAUCCAAGUAUAAAUUUGUAAUUUCAUAAGAAAAACAACAUUAUAAUACUAUUUGCGUCUGACUUUCAUAUUAAAAAUGCUCAACGUGUUUGAAUUUUUAUGUUUGUUCCAUUUUCAGAACUUGUUAGUGCGAAGCAGUUUACUGAGAACACUGGAAAACCUUGUACUGUACUUCAUAUAUUAUAUUUUUCCUCUGGUGCCUCAUAACUUGAAAAUGAAGAAGAAGAUGUGAAAUAAAAUAUUUGGGAGAUGGAUAAAGGUA